GUGCUCUGUCGCUCUCUACAUGACCUCUCACUCUCUGCGGAAGCCACGACGAAGUCUAGGAAACUGUUCGAGUUCGCAGCCAAUGACUUCGACCUGUCCAAAUGUGAUUCUGCCAGUCUGUGCGAGCUGGCCAAGGCGAUGUUGCGGUGUAAGGACACUAGCAUUGAGAAGAAGAAAGUUUUCUCACGACUCUGCUCGACUAGAACAGCAGUAGAUGACCCCGAUGUGCUGGUGGCUAUAGCAAUAUCGGGUGUCUGGGACAGCGAGUACUUCAUAGAGGCCUCGCAACGACAAUUGAAAAUGAAAUCAAAAUCGGCGGAGCGAAGCAUAUAUGUCUACUAUGCUAUAGCAUAUGGCCUUAAUGUUCUCUACUGCUGCGCCCACCUUGUACAUCGACUUGAUACAGGUGGUAGUGACAACGGCAUGAGCCAGGAAGCUGUGAACGACUGUCUGGUACGGGCACUGUGGGCCUUGGGAAUGCUGAAUGUACCUCUUAUGAAGCUCGGCAAGGCUGUUGUUACUUUAAUUCACCAACUGAGCAAGAGGAUGGGGACCUUAUCCGUAUCCAAUCUGGUCAACCUCAUGAUACCACUAUGUGUCUUCAUGUACGCUAUCCUGUCAGGGCCUUCGACUCUUCUCAAGCAGCAUGGCGGUUCGGAGGUGCUCAAUGCUGCUUGUGGGCGUUUGGUAGAGGCCCUCACAGUCCAGCUUGCCAAGUCCUAUAGGCCCGACUGGAUGGCCACAGCGGCUAAGGCCUUGUAUUUCGCCAGAGUCGUUGGGAGG